GAGGAGGGAGGAGCGCAUCCCGUCCAUGCACACCACCUGGGCAACAAUAAAUACCGUUCGACCAUUUCCUUUGUGCUUUUGCUUUGAUCUGCUGGAGUCGAGAUAAUAUGGACGAUGAUUUUGAGGCUUUGGCGAGGGAGUAUGGGAUUGAGCACGCAGGAGAAGGCGUUGGUUCGGGGUACCGAGCAUCCAGGGAUUUUGAGAUGGAUGACUUUGAUCGUCAACUGCUCGAAGAAGAGCCGUGUCAGCUUCAACACGCCUCAUACAACCAGGCAGAUCCGUUCUACGAACCUCAGGAGCACGUCCUUGCGCAGCGUCUGUCACUCGGUGGUCGCGGUUCUGGUCCUUCAAAGUCAUUCAACGGCGGGAAGGUUAUGGAAAGCACGACCGGUAGUCGCCCUGCCGCUACAGGACUGAACUUAUCACAAUAUGCAUACACCCCGACCAACUCGUCUCCAGCAAGGCAAACUGGUGGCCACGUAUAUGCAGGUGCACAGUCCACUCCGGGGAGUAAUGGAAGCAUACAGGCUUCGUGGUCCAAAAGGCGGGCGAGGCCGGUUGGGUUGUCAAGAAAGACCUAUGGAAAUACGUCGAUGCCACCGGCUGUGCCACAGUCGACGGUAGCUGUAACCAAGCCAAGUAGGACUUCAGCGUAUGCUACCGGUCCAACGACGAUCAACGGCGUCAGAUUGAGACCUGUGAGCGAGUUGCCGGAUCGGUUCAGAAGUGUGUUUCCGUUCGCCUUGUUCAAUGCGGUGCAAUCCACAGCACUCGACACAAUCUGGGCUUCGGACGAUAAUGUGAUCAUCUCAGCACCUACUGGAGCGGGUAAGACGGCCAUCUUCGAACUCGGCGUUUGUCGUGCACUUUCCACGGUUUCCGGGCAGGGCAGUAGUAAGAUGAUCUACAUGGCCCCUACGAAAGCGCUUUGCUCUGAGCGUAAAAGAGAUUGGGACAAGAAGUUUCGUGGGUUAGGAAUCACUGUUGGCGAGUUGACUGGUGAUACGGAUGCCGGUGGUUUGAGUGCCGUUAAGGAGAGUGAUAUCAUCAUCACGACGCCGGAGAAGUGGGAUAGUAUGACGAGGAGGUGGCAGGACCAUAAGAGGUUGAUGGAGCUGGUGAGACUGUUCAUGAUUGACGAAGUGCACAUGUUGAAGGAGAAGAGAGGUGCUGUCCUUGAAGUUGUUGUUUCUCGUAUGAAAACUUUGGGGACCUCGAUCCGUUUCGUUGCUGUUUCGGCUACUGUUCCAAAUGUGCAAGAUGUUGCGGUCUGGAUAAGAAGGAACAGCUUUGAUUCUGCGCCAGCAAGAGUACUCGCAUUCGGAGACGAGUUUCGCCCGGUGAAGUUGCAGAAGUUCGUCUAUGGCUAUCCACAAAACGACAAGGAUUCUGACUUCAAGUGGGAUACGACGCUUAACUGGAAGUUGAUGCCUCUUAUCCAGAAGCACUCUGACAACAAGCCUACCAUUGUGUUUUGUAACACGCGGAAAGCAGUUCUUGACUCAGCUAAGGCUAUUGCGAAGCAGUUCAUCGAGAUGCGGGACAAGCGGCAACCGACGCCGUGGGAUGCACCCGCUGUCUCAUGCUCAUUUCGUGAUAAGGCAAUCCAAGAGCUCGUCAAGUCUGGCAUUGCAGUGCACCAUGCAGGCCUUGAUACGAACGAUCGUGCACUUGUAGAGAAGCUGUUCCUCGAAGGGCAUGUCAGUGUGGUGUGCUGUACCUCGACGUUGGCUGUCGGUGUCAACCUUCCAGCACAUCUGGUCAUUAUCAAGAACACCAUGCAGUAUGUCGGGAGCCACUUUGAGGAGUACCCUACUUUGGAAAUCAUUCAGAUGCUGGGUCGUGCUGGACGCCCGCAGUUCGAUGAUUGCGGUACAGCCGUGAUCAUGACUCGGUCUGACAAGAAGGCGAAGUACGAGAAUCUCGUUAGUGGAACGGAGACUUUAGAGAGCUGUUUACACGAGAAUAUUUUGGUACAUCUCAAUGCCGAAAUCGGGCUAGGGACGAUCACGGACGUAUCCACUGCGAUGGAGUGGCUGAGGUCGACAUUCUUCUAUGUCAGAGUCAGAGCGAAUCCGAGAUACUAUAAUAUCAACACUUUACGACAAGACAUGGAGAAAGGACUCGAGGCCCACUGUAUGAAGGAUCUCAAGCUUCUGGAGAAGACUGGCAUGAUCAGUAUGGAAGGUGAGAGGUUGAGAUCGACUGGGUACGGUGAUGCAUCGGCGAAGUAUUAUGUCAUGUUCAACACGAUGAAGGCGAUUCUCGAGAUGAAAGAUGCGCCGGCUUUGAGGACGGUGUUGGAGACCCUUUGUCAGGCCGAAGAGUUUGCUGAGCUUAGACUCCGUCGCGGUGACAAGGGGUUCUACAACGAGCUCAACAAGGCGAACGGGAUCAAAUCUCCGUUGAAGGGUAAGGUGGAAACCACAGCGCACAAGAUCUUCAUCCUGGUUCAGGUUGAACUCGGCUCGGUUGACAUUAGCGGAUUGAAGGAGAAGUUCCAGCAGCAGAUUACCCAGAUGGGAUUGGAUCGGUCAUUCGUCUUCCAGCAUGCAUAUCGUAUCUGCAAGUGCAUCAUCGAUUGCAAGCUCCAAACGAAGGAUACUACUGCUGUGAAGAAUGCCCUAGAGUUGAGCAGAUGUCUACGGGCAAGGUGUUGGGAGGGAACGCCGAUGGUGUUGAGACAACUGAGAGGCAUUGGUGAGAACGCCCUGAAGAAUUUGAUCAACCACAAUAUUCGCAGCUUGGAGGAAUUGGAAAUGAUGGAUCCAAGGCGGAUCGAGGUAAUGUUUAAGCGUAAUCCUCCAUUCGGAAACAAUAUCCUCAAUGAUAUUGCGGGAAUUCCGAAGUUUGGCUUAAAGCUCCAGCAGACGAACUUUGCUGGCGAUGGACUUAAGCCGUCAAGACUAUCGAUGAACGUGGAAGUAUCAGUCUUAAACAAGGAUACAAUCAAGCAGAAGUGGCAUGACAUAAACCUGUAUGCCGAUUUCCUGGCCGAGACCGCUGACGGCGUGCUCCUGGACUUUCGAAGAUUACCGGUCUCCAAAAUCAACGGCAGCCGGUCCUUUGUGUUGACUGUUGAGCUGCACAAGUUCGCUUCAGCAAUUGUUUGUCAUCUAGUGUGUGAGGAUAUCGCAGGGACUGCGAUGAAGAGCGAGCUUCAACUGCACAUCGAUGCAUCCAAGUUCCCGAGGCCAACAGAGCCUAAGGUACCUAAGGUCGCCAAUGAGGACGACUAUGGCGAAGGAAUUUUCGAUUAUGAUAUGGAUUUUGAGCACAUUGACAACAUCACGAACGCCAUUCUUGCUGGCGACACAACGAACAGCCACAAAGGCGCUGCAUUGAAGGUUCCAGCAGCUGCAAACUCCACUGCAGUCGUUCAGAACACCGAAUACGACUUAGUCGAACCUGAACGUUUGGAGAAUGGAAACUACAAGUGCGCUCAUAAGUGCAAGGACAGGGAGAAAUGCUUUCACAUGUGCUGCAAAACCGGUACGACUAAGCCAAUUAUGAAGAAAGUGGCACGAACAUCAUCCACUAUGCAACAAAUCCUAGAGCGAAGAGGGCUAAUGGAAACGGACCUUCGCGCAUAUCCAAUGAAGUUCAGGUUCCAGACCAUGAUAUUAUCGAUCUGAUGGAUCUACCGGACGAGGUCACUAUCGAGUCUGAGGACGUUCCUCGCAUUCGCAAAGCGCUAGGAGCCACAACUGCUUCUUCGCUGAACAAGCUAUCCAAUCUCCACGCGAAGACAAGUACUCAGAAGACUGCCGUGCGAACUCUUUCAUCAAAGCCUACUCGCGCAUACAGCAAACCGCAACGAAAUACACUACCACCAACGCUCAACAAAGACAAAUCAGCAAACGAUGAUACC